AAACAUUCAUUUGUAUUUAGUCGGUAUUUUCAUUCACUUUAGGUUAAAACUAACACAUAAUUUUAUUUUAGCCGCGUUCUGCUGUUGAAAUCAAAUGAUAUCACACGAAUCCAUAGCAAUUAUUUCAGCAAACAACAGCGUCGUCGUCCUAACACCGGGAGGUUCCUUUGGAUUUAGGAAAUAAAAUCCAUUGACGUUUAUAAAGUACUUUUCAAGCACCGCAUCUUCGACGAAACCACUCUACGCAUUGUAUAAAAAAGAAAUGUGACAGUUAAACCAAGGAUACCUGAAAUAAUUUGACCAGACAGCACAAGGACUCGGAUCGUGGUUCCGUGAGUUGGGACACGGAAGCAAAAGGCGGCAAACACAAAACAACUGACACGGAAGCAAAAGGCGGCAAACACAAAACAACUUAAUCCACGAACGAAACAAAAAAUAUUGUUAAAUCGAUACCCUUUAGUAUUUUUUUUAAGGAAUAACAAAAUACCAAUUCCGAUAAAUCUUCAUUGCUUUUCAAAAUCUAAUUAAAUCAAACGUGCAGUUCGGCAAAAGUGGCAACAAUAUUAUUUCUGAUUUCAACCAAUAGGGAUAUUAUUUCAGAAAAAAUCAUAUGACCUAGUUUUCUACAUUCUAUUUAUUGUGGAGUUCAAAUAUGAUGAUUACGGAUUUCCAAGGAAAUCGAGAACAUCAAUUUUUACAUUUUUUUUCAAGUUGUUUUGUGACGUAAGGAGCCAGAUAUUUUCGCUUACGCAAGCAUAAGCAUCGCUAGUUGUUACCAGCUAAAUCUAAAAAUAAUAACAAGAACCACCGCCCAAAUAAAUUUGCGAAUCACAUGAUGGCAGUAUUGGGUGACUUGACACAUUUACAUCAGAAUUUUUUCCCAUGAUGGCCGAAGCACCUGAUACUGGUUUCAUUUUAAAAUUUUGAAAGCACCCGCGUGAAUCAGGAUUAUUUAAAACAACGAAAUAUCUAUUAUUUUAAAAUAUAUUCAUUUAAAUCUGACGUAGAAAGAAACGAUUUGAUCAAGCAAAUACAUGCACAUGCUACACUUUGGACAGUUAAAAAAUGUUGCAAUGCAUAUAACUACCAUAUACUUGAACUAAUUUAAGCUUAAUUAAAAUUAAUGUUAGGGUUUUCAAAUUACUUGCAUUGAUUAAAAAAAUCCAUUUUUUGUAAAGGAUUGAUAUUGGAGACGAAUGAAAAGUUGCUAUCCCAUCACGCUUUAAGCCUUUAACACAAAUAAUCAAAACAAAACACGCUUUAACACGACGAGUUGUUAUUUCUUGAUGUCGACCCAACAAGGCCAACUAGAUUUUAAAUUCACUGAAAUCAUCUUUAAAUAUAGAAUUCUUAGACAAAAAGAUGGAAGGCUAGCCCUGGUGAUCAAAAUAAAUUAACAGAUUGAAAUAGAAUAGAGAACUGAGUAAGAUAGGCAUAACGGGGACAUUUCGUUUUUUUUUUCUUUUUUUUUAAAUUGGGUUUAUCAUUUUGGUUACUAAUUCAUUAGCUCAUUCUUCACCAGCAAGGUUAUUGGAAUCAAUAUGUUAACAGAAUCCGUAAUUAUCUCGAGACCGAUCCGACUGGUACGACCUUAAGACUCCUCCCAUUGUAGCCGACUAUAUAAUAAUGUCGCAAUUCGCUAGAUUUUCAUUCUAGGAAGUGACAACCGAGCAUCAAAGAUCAAAAUGAAGUGCUUUCUCUUUUUUGUCUUGGUCCUGGGUGUCCUUACUAGUUCGAUCAAGGGGUCCACUACCGAAGGUAAGGCAACGCAUCAUGAGGCUGAAAACGGAGCCAAAAAAUUGGACGAUGUUACCUCAGCUGUGAAGUCUGCAGCCAAUUCGACUAAGACUGAAUCAGUAAUAUUAGCUACAAUCGUCCCAGUCCGCAAAGAACGAGAGGUCACUGCUGCCCCGCAUACUACCCCAAAGGCUGUGACCAGGAAGUCCCGUGAAGCCUCUGCUGCCCCGCAUACUACCCCAAAGGCUGUGACCAGGAAGUCCCGUGAAGCCUCUGCUGCCCCGCAUACUACCCCAAAGGCUGUGACCAGGAAGUCCCGUGAAGCCUCUGCUGCCCCGCAUACUACCCCAAAGGCUGUGACCAGGAAGUCCCGUGAAGCCACUGCUGCACCGCAUACUACCCCAAAGGCUGUGACCAGGAAGUCCCGUGAAGCCACUGCUGCACCACACGCAACUACCGCUAAGACUACCGUAAAACAUUAACUACAUAAACGAAUUUUCACGAAAGUUCACGGUGACUUUUAGAUGAAUUAUUUUAAUUAACUGAGGUAUGUUAAUGAUACGAAACAAAUGGUGACAGUUCUUCUAUAAAUUUAUCUAGUUGGGUUCGCAUGUUUUAAAAGAAAAAAUACAAAGAAAAUAUGUGACUA